AUGAAGAGCGCCACCCUCCUGCCGGCUCUCCUGCCGGCUCUCGCCAGCGCGACGACGCACCACCUCCUCGUCGGCACCUUCUCCGGCGCGCACCUCUACGCCGUCGCCUUCGACGACCAGACACACGCCCUCAGCCUCGCCGCCAACCUCACCGCCCACGCCGCGCACGCGUGGAUCGCCCUCUCGCACGACAAGAGCGUGCUGUACGGCGUCGAAGACGGCGGGUGGACGUCGUAUUCCAUCGACAGCGCGACGGCGGUGACGCACACGGCGACGCUACCGCUCACGGGCGCCAACUGCAGCAACGACAGGAGCAUCUUCGUCGUCGCGGCGCGGGAGCCGCCGUACAACGUCUACGGCGACCCGUUCGGCGACUGCGCCAACGUGCUGAGCGUCGACGAGGCGGGCGCGCUCGAGGCCGUCGCGCAGAACGUGACCUACACGGCGGGCACGUCCGGGGUGCACGGCAUGGCGCUGUCGGUCGACGGGCGGUUCGUGUACGCGGCCGACGACUCGGGCAACGCCGUGUGGACGCACAGCGUGGACGAGGCGACGGGGCUGUUGACCGAGGUGAGCAGGCUGGAGGCGCCGAGCGAGGGCGCGAAUCCGAGGCAUGCGGCGGUGCAUCCGAAGGGGGGGUAUCUGUACGUGGUGUUGGAGGAGGCGAACAAGUUGGCGCAGUACAAGCUUGAUACCGAGACGGGGUUGCCCGUGUUUGAGAACGUGACGUAUCCGUUGAUCCCGGAGUCAGAACUCGCCACCAACGUCGCCAACUACUGGUCCGACGACGUCGCCGUCGCCGCAUCCGGCGACUUCCUGUGGGCGUCGGCACGCAGCCGCGACGAGACCAAGCCGGGCUACAUCAGCGGCUACACGCUCUCCUCGACGGGGGCCAUCCUCAAGCAGGUCUUCCUGACCAACACGACGACGUCGGGCGGCUCGGCCAACGCCGUCACGCCCGCGCCCUUUGGCAACGAGUUCGUCGCCCUGACGGACACGCAGGAGGAGUUCCUGCAGGUGUGGAAGAGGGACGCCAAUGGCUCGAUUGCCGAGGUGGUGGCGCGGUUGGAUCUGCAGGACGGCGGGUGCUGUGCCAAUGCUGUUUGGUUGGACUGA